AUGGCCAUGAUCAAUCAGUCUAGUGAAGGUGUUCCACUGGUGCACCAGCAGAUGUUUAAAGUGGAAAUGAAUGAAGGGCCUCUGUCUAAACUUGUUGUGGCCAUUCUCAUGUCUCUGCUGUUCAUCUGCAUCAACUGCAUCAUGUUUCACACCCUCAUGAGUAAGCCUGUGUUUAGAGAGCUGCCUCGCUACAUCCUCUUUGCCCACAUGCUCUGCAAUGACAGUGUACAGUUAAUGGUCUCCUUACUGCUCUAUGUUUUAUCUAUGAAUGUGCAACUGAUUCCUAAGGCUCUCUGUGCACUAAUUAUACUUGUGACAGUGACAACAUUUCGCAAUGCUGCUUUGAACCUGGCUGUGAUGUCACUUGAGCGCUAUGUAGCUAUUUGUUUUCCACUGAGGCACAGUGAGAUGGUGACUCAAAAAACAAUAGGUGUUUCUAUUGCUCUCAUCUGGAUCUUUAGUUCAAUAAAUCUUUCGAUAGAUAUUAUUUAUGCACUGAUAGUGAACCCAGUGUCUUUUAAAGAUCCCAUGUUCUGUACUCGACAGAUGUUUAUUUUGUCACCAUGGCAGAGAGAUAUGUUUGAUGGCUUCAAUUUGUUUUCCUUUGUGACUGUAACAGCCAUCUUAAUUUUCACCUACAUUAAUGUUAUGGUUGUAGCUCGAUCUGCCUCAGCAGACAAAGAAUCUGCCAGGAAGGCUCAUAAGACCAUACUGCUCCACCUUGUUCAGUUAGUACUCUGUGUGAACACAUUCAUUUAUGGAACCAUCGAGAGAGCCUUGGCUAUGACCAGCAGCAGUCGUCUGUUCAUGGACCUGCGCUACCUGAACUUUCUCUUUGUUCUCAUUCUGCCUCGGUGCCUGAGCCCCCUGAUCUACGGCCUGAGAGACGAUGCUGUUCGGCCCUUAUUCCUCUACUAUGUCAGGUGUGGAGCCCAAAAGGUCAAACCCUCUGUAACCGCACACUGAUGUGCAUAUG